GCGCCAUACACGGGCGUGGAAGAGCACAGGUGCGGCCGCUCACCAAAGGCAUCAGCGCCCCGACCCCACACAACAUGAAGACCCUUCUGCUUCUCGUCUUCCUCGGACUCGCCGUCGCGGCGCCCACAGUCGAUGUCAAUAUCGUGGGCGGUUACGAGUGCCGUAAACACGCCGUUCCCUGGAUCGUGUCGCUCAAUGUCGGCUAUCAUCUGUGCGGCGGUUCCCUGAUCAACUCGCGCUGGGUGGUGGCCGCAGCUCAUUGUUACCGCUCGGACAUACAUGUUCGUCUGGGCGAACAUGAUAUCACGGCUACGGAGGGGACGGAACAGUUCAUCAACUCGGAGAUGGUGAUCAGACAUCCCAAAUACGAUUACUACAGCCAGGACAACGACAUCAUGUUGAUCAAAUUGUCCCAGCCCGCCGCCAUGAACCGCAAUGUGGUCGCCAUUCCCCUGCCGGUCCAUUGCGCCCAGACCGACGACAUGUGUCUCAUCUCCGGCUGGGGUAACACCAUGGACACGGGUGAGACUCUGGGACUGCUUCAGUGUUUGGACGCCCCGGUUCUGAGUGACGCGGACUGUUCCGGUUCCUACCCGGGAAUGAUCACUGACAACAUGAUGUGUCUCGGCUACUUGGAGGGAGGCCGCGACACCUGCCAGGGUGAUUCUGGCGGGCCGGUGGUGUGUGACGGAGUGCUCCAGGGAGUGGUGUCGUGGGGUUACGGCUGUGCUGACAGGGACCAUCCCGGCGUGUACACUCGCGUCUGCCACUACGUCUCCUGGAUCAACAACACCAUCGCGGCAAACUGAGCCCGUGACCCCCGGCGACCUCACCUGGUCUCCGCCUCUCACUCUCUGUACAACUGGAAAACUAUCAAUAAAAUGGUUGCAAUGAA